CCGUCUCUCAUAAAGCCUGCGCGCGCGUCGACUGAGUUUGUUUACUCAAGAACUCACGCGCUAGUCCACGUCGCACUAUCAGGAUACAGAUAAUCAAGGAAAAUGAUGAAAGCUAUGAACCAGACACAGGAGCAGCUAUCUGCCUCACCUCCAGACAAGCCCAAAUUGAUGGAAGGAGGCAAUUACAUCCGUGAAGGGCGAGAUUCCACCAAAUCAACCUGGUUGUUGUUUUCCCCCCAAACUCCAGACGAAGCUGGCAAUCUUGCAAAGUACCUGAGCAUCUUCUCCUCGCACGGGGUCAACCUCAGCCAUAUCGAAUCCAGGUCUUCUGUCAGACGUCCUGGCUACGAGUUCAUGGUGGAGUGUGAACACGGAGCGGGUGAUUUUGGCGCCGCUUUAGAAGAGCUGAAGAAGAAUGUUGGAUAUUUGAACAUCAUCUCGCGGAAUUACAAGGACAAUCGGUCUGCGGUGCCCUGGUUCCCACGACGUAUUCGCGACUUGGACAGAUUCGCAAACCAGAUCCUGUCAUAUGGGGCAGAAUUAGACUCAGACCACCCAGGGUUCACCGACUCCGUGUACAGAGCUCGUCGCAAAUACUUCGCAGACAUCGCCUACAACUACAAAUAUGGUCAACCCCUUCCUCAUGUCAACUACACGAAAGAAGAAAUCGCAACCUGGGGAGUGGUCUUCAGGAAACUCACGGAGUUGUAUCCAACUCACGCGUGCAAAGAGCACAAUCAUGUGUUCCCCCUGUUGAUAGAGAAUUGCGGUUACAGGGAAGACAAUAUCCCCCAGUUAGAGGAUGUUUCGAAUUUCUUAAAAGACUGUACCGGCUUCACGCUCCGUCCCGUGGCCGGCCUGCUCUCAUCCCGGGACUUCUUAGCGGGACUGGCGUUCCGGGUGUUCCACAGCACGCAGUACAUCCGCCACCACUCGCGGCCACUGUACACCCCCGAACCUGACGUAUGCCACGAGCUGCUCGGCCACGCGCCCCUCUUCGCCGACCCCGCCUUUGCCCAGUUCUCGCAGGAAAUUGGACUCGCGUCGUUGGGAGCUCCCGAUGAUUACAUUGAGAAACUGGCUACGUGCUUCUGGUUCACGGUGGAAUUCGGUCUGUGCCGGCAAGAGGGUACCCUCAAGGCCUUCGGAGCUGGUCUCUUAUCGUCCUUUGGGGAGCUCAAGUACUGUCUGUCUGACGAGCCGGAGCUGAGAGAGUUUGAGCCAGAGGAGACUGGGGUCACGAAGUACCCAAUUACGGAGUACCAGCCGGUGUACUUCGUUGCUAAUAGCUUUGAAGACGCUAAGGAGAAAAUGAUAAAGUUCGCUCAAACGAUUCCUCGCGACUUCGGUGUGCGAUACAACCCGUACACCCAGAGCAUCGACAUCCUGGAUUCCCCUCGGCAGAUGAAGGACCUCAUGAGGCAGUUGCAACAAGAAUUGGGGCUGCUGCUCAACACUAUGGAGAAACUUUAGUAUAUAUACCAUAAGCUAUUGUUAAUAAUUUACAAAUGAAACAAGACAUUGAAUGACAGAAAUUAACUAUAAGACGUAAAAACUUGAAUAAAAGUCGGUUCAUCCGCAUGAAGUUGUAUUAAAAUAGUGAUACAGUAUUCGUAUACAUUCGACCUAACGACAUAGGUGACAUAUUCCUUUAAAAACAAUUCGUUAAAAUCUGAUACUCGAUUCCGAAACUUUAGUAUAUGAAAUUGUCCUCUUGACAAUAUUAACAAACUCUUGUGACCUGUGAUGUAUAAAAUAUUAAUAAUGCAAUAUUAUCUAAUUACUAAUUGAUAAAUACCCAAGUGUAUAAUUAUUUUGCCUUAUGUACGUAUUUUAAAGAUAAGUAAUUAUGGAAUUUGUUGUAAGUAGUUCUAAUUUUAAGUAUUUUAUUUUAAGCCUUGGCUGUAUAUUUAAACUACUUUAGAGAUUAGGUAUAUUGAUUAAUGACUUCCCAGUGGUAACAAAUGUAUCUAUUAAAAUACCAUUGAUUUUUAAAAAUAAAUUUAUUUAUUUUGA